CAUAAACUCCUCAAGUUUGUAUAAAACCUGAUCAUCAUAUUCGUAAGCAUGAUUUUAGAAAAUCCAAAGAAGAUCUCUUAAUAAAUGAACAUCUGGUUGUCUGUAUAAAGGAGCUCACAUAAUCAAUGUCACAACAUUGCUUAUUUGAUUAGUGACCCAGAAAUAUUGUUCAAUUUAAAACAUUUCUUAUUCAUGUAUUUCUUAAACAUUUCUUUAAUUUUAAAACUUCCUAAACUUGUAUUAGGGCUUUUCACAUAGCCCUUAACCCUGGAUUAUCUUCGUUCUAAACCCUGGUUUUAACCCCUGGGUAAAUGAACGUUUCACACUUGUAAUUAAGAAGCGUGGUUAGCACCACGUUUUACCUGGGGUUAUGAACACUGCUCUUUUAUAAACAGUAAUUUCUGUAUUUAAGUGGAAAAAAUAUCAGUGAUGGACAACACAUGAAUUGAAGAAGGGACCAUUUAAGUCUUACAAUUGUAGCCCAAAAAGUCCAUUCUGUCCACUCUUACGUCAAGCAAGAUAACCAGGUUAACUAUUUAAAUGUGAAAAGCCCAUUAUUUAUUUCCAAGUUUGAAUUACAUUUUGAGUUUAAGAUUUACAUUGUGGUCUUGACUUAGACAUUGUUUACACUUUUAUGGUUUGAUUUCAUCACUUGCUUCAUAAUUGUAUGUGCACAUGCUUAUAACAACGACAACAGUGGGAGUUAUUAUAGCCUUCAACAAGUAUGUACAAGAGGUGUGACACUGUGAUAGCUCUCACACACACUCACACAGAGGUAUGUACAAGACACGCCCAGGUUCAUUUCACCGUACAAACUCCUACCGGUGCUCAUCCAGAGUUGGGAGUGCAGUGUGGAGCUAGACAUCUCUUGGAAAUCAAAUUAUUCUGUUUGCCGGAUACAGUUAUACUUUAAGAGGGAUCAGUAUUUUACAAUAUGAAGCCCAGCGGUGAGACUCUUGGAUUUGUCAGAGUCAUACACCGCAGAACAUAUGUGUCACAAGCUGGUAGUGGUCUGGACUUUGGCAUUAUGAUGUCACAUUUUGUUGGGAAAUGCCACUGAAAUAUGAACUUGUAAAGUAAGAGAAAACCGAGGCUUUCACUUCGAAGACCACUUGACCAGCCGUCAUGGAAGGAAAAGAGGAGAUCAGUGAUACUGACAGUGGGGUUAUUCUGCAUUCUGGGCCUGACAGCCCCACCACAGUGAUGAAGGAUGUGAAUACUCAUACUCGGGUCAUGAAACUCAAGCAGCAAGCUUUGGAGGACAGGCUGAAGAUGUGCUUACUGGAGCUCAAGAAACUCUGCAUCAGAGAGGCUGAGCUCACAGGACAUUUGUCCUCAGAUUAUCCCCUGUUCCCUGGAGAGAAGCCCCCUAAAAUUCGCCAGCGCAUCGGAGCUGCUUUUAAAUUAGAUGAGCCAAGCAUCCUACAUAGAACUGAGAACUCUGAGCUGAGCUCUGUGGAGGCUGAUCUAGCUCUUCAGCAGCAGAUAUACGUGGCGGCACAGAGACUGUGCCAGGAGGAACAUCUCAGCAAAGCGGUAAAGAGGAGUCGUCUACAGCAGUACCAGCGUGAGGAAAGAAAACUCAAAGAACUACAGGAAGCUGUGUUCAGGCUGAGACUGGAACAUGGCCGUUCUUCACCACGCCCUGGCAUGAUCACACAGAGAGGAUGCACUUCAGACAAUAGCUCGUUGUCAGACUCAGCUGUGCUGGAUGAAGAGGAACUGUCUUCCCAGCUUUCUUCAGAGCCUCCUGCUCCUGCUGUAGACUUUCACCCUCCACUUCUAACCAACUCACAUCCCCCUCCUCAUACACCUAUAGUCCCCUCCUACCGGCCCCCGGAGGCCACUGUUUGUCAAACCCCGCCACAAUCCCUGGAGGAUUUGCACACAUGCCAGAGUCCAGUCUUAGAGCAUGACCCUGCCCCCAUUCAAAACUCUCCCUGGAUGGAGAGUAGUUUGGACCAGCCCUAUCAGAAAAAGAAAAAAUCUCACUCUAGUAGCAUCAAAUCCAGUAGUCCUGCUGUUACCCCCACGUUGCCUCCUCUGGAGGUCUGUCUUGCGGAGCCCAGGAUACCACUGCAGAUACCCACCCAUGCUGCUCUGAAACACACACAGUCCUGCAGCGCACCCUCCACUCCAGAGAUGCACCUGCGCAGGAUACAGUCCUUUAGAGUUCCCAACACUGAUCCCAAUCCUUAUGAUUCCGAGCGGGAACGUGGGCGCUCAAGGGGCCCCAGGAGACGGUUGACAGACUUUGCGGUGACACCAUCAGAAUACUCUCCUAUAAGUCUAAAUGUAGGAAACCCUUUGUACUACUCUAGUUCUGAGGACAGCAACUCAGAGCACUCUGUCCAGUCAUACACCAGCUCGCCCUGCCAGGAGCACCCUGGGGAACUUCCGUGGCCCUACCAACCCCAGUACGGAUACCAAUACACCAGCUUCAAUGACAACCACAUACCACAAAGAUGCUCUCCUACCCACUUCUACAAGAAUGGUCAGUACCAGUCCUCACCGAGUUUUUCCAGGGGGUACGUGGAGGACGGAUGGGGUCACCCCUUGGAAAUGGACAGCGGAAGAUUGUCGUACAUAAGCCACCAGGCCCCCUCACCUGUUUAUUCGUCUAAUGGUCACUAUGAGUACUGCUACAGUGAGGCUUUGCCUUCCCAGCAGGGAAGUUGCAGGUUGUUACCCGCCCAUGUGAAAUUGUCACGGGCUCCUUCGCUAAGAGAGUAUCCGCAUCACCCUAAUAGAGGCCUGCCACGGCAGGUGGUGUCGGAGGAACUCAAAUCGUGGCACCAGCGCAACCAACUCCGACCGCCUCGCCCACGCUCGCUGGACCGGAACAGGCAGGGCGCGCUCCGCAUCCGAAAUCCACCUGGGCAAGAGUCCCCGCUUUCCCAGCACCACCGGUUCCAGGAACAGCAGUAUAGAGCUGUAUCGCCUUUCUGUCAAGUAUCAGUCUGUUGGGAGAGGAAUUUCCAGAAAAGGCAGAUCAGUUACGCACUGCCCAGGCCUGCCUGAGGAGCGGGGGAAGAUUGGCUUGAUGCGCUUGCUGUGUCAAAGUGAGAUCACUGCUGGAGCUAGGUGUGGUGUUCAGCUAUGAAAGGGCUUUUGGUUGGAAUUAGCGUAGGGAAUGGCACAAUAGCAAACUGCACACAAAUCAUAAUUGUCAUUUUGUUGUUUAUGGUUGCCCAGAGACAUUAGAACACAAUGCUUUAAAUGAGUGCACACUACUGUUCAAACGUUUGAGGACUGUAAGAUUAUUUUAAAAUGUUUAUUUUUAUAUAUAGAAGUCUCUAAUGCUCACCAAGGCUGCAUUUA